GCACAAGCGGCCAAUCUGGUUCGUACGGGUCGGUUCGGUGUUGCUGGGCCAGGUUCGGGCGCGGAGCGGAACGGAGCAUCGCCGGGGUCCCGAUCCGCCACCGCCACCAUGCCGGCCGUUUCCAAGGGAGACGGGAUGCGGGGCCUGGCCGUCUUUAUCUCCGACAUCCGAAACUGUAAAAGCAAAGAAGCUGAAAUUAAACGGAUUAACAAGGAGUUGGCUAAUAUUCGAUCCAAAUUCAAGGGAGAUAAAGCUCUGGAUGGCUACAGUAAGAAGAAAUAUGUCUGUAAGCUGCUGUUUAUCUUCCUGUUGGGCCAUGACAUCGACUUUGGGCACAUGGAGGCUGUUAACCUUCUCAGCUCCAACAAGUACACGGAAAAGCAAAUUGGCUACUUGUUCAUCUCGGUGCUGGUGAACUCUAAUAGUGAGCUGAUCCGUCUCAUCAACAAUGCCAUCAAGAAUGACUUGGCAAGCCGCAACCCCACCUUCAUGUGCCUGGCAUUACACUGCAUCGCCAACGUAGGCAGCCGUGAAAUGGCUGAGGCCUUUGCUUCUGAAAUCCCCCGUAUCCUGGUGGCUGGUGACACCAUGGACAGUGUAAAGCAGAGUGCUGCCCUCUGUCUCCUGCGCCUCUACAAGACUUCGCCUGACUUGGUGCCCAUGGGAGAAUGGACAUCACGGGUGGUGCACCUUCUAAACGAUCAGCACAUGGGUGUGGUCACAGCUGCGGUCAGCCUCAUUGCCUGCCUCUGCAAGAAGAAUCCUGAUGACUUCAAGACGUGUGUCUCCUUGGCUGUGUCCAGGCUCAGCAGAAUUGUGUCCUCAGCCUCCACCGACCUCCAAGACUACACCUAUUACUUUGUGCCAGCGCCCUGGCUCUCAGUCAAGCUCUUGCGGCUGCUGCAGUGCUAUCCUCCCCCAGAAGAUGCAGCAGUAAAAGGACGCCUGGUUGAGUGUUUGGAGACUAUUCUCAACAAGGCCCAAGAACCGCCCAAGUCCAAGAAGGUCCAGCACUCCAAUGCCAAGAAUGCAAUCCUUUUUGAAGCCAUCAGCCUCAUCAUCCACUACGACAGUGAACCCAACCUGCUUGUGCGGGCAUGCAAUCAGCUUGGCCAGUUCCUACAGCAUCGAGAGACCAACUUACGAUACCUUGCCUUGGAGAGCAUGUGCACCUUGGCCAGCUCUGAAUUCUCUCAUGAGGCCGUCAAGACCCACAUUGAGACAGUCAUCAAUGCCCUCAAGACGGAGCGGGAUGUGAGUGUACGCCAGCGGGCAGCUGACUUGCUCUAUGCCAUGUGUGACCGCACAAAUGCCAAGCAGAUUGUCUCUGAAAUGCUUAGUUACUUGGAGACCGCCGAUUAUUCCAUCCGGGAGGAGAUAGUGCUGAAGGUGGCUAUCCUAGCAGAGAAGUAUGCAGUGGACUACAGCUGGUACGUGGACACCAUCCUCAACCUGAUCCGUAUCGCUGGGGACUAUGUGAGCGAGGAGGUGUGGUACCGUGUCAUCCAGAUAGUCAUCAAUCGGGAUGAUGUGCAAGGCUAUGCUGCCAAGACUGUCUUUGAGGCUCUACAGGCUCCUGCUUGUCAUGAAAACAUGGUGAAGGUUGGAGGCUACAUCCUAGGAGAGUUUGGGAACCUAAUUGCUGGAGAUCCUCGUUCCAGCCCUCUGGUGCAGUUCAAUCUCCUGCAUUCCAAGUUCCACCUCUGUAGCGUUUCUACACGGGCUCUGCUCCUCUCCACCUACAUCAAGUUCAUCAACCUCUUCCCUGAGACCAAGGGCACUAUCCAGGAAGUGCUGCGCUCAGACAGCCAGAUCCGCAAUGCUGACGUAGAACUACAGCAGCGGGCCGUUGAAUACCUCAAGCUUAGCUCAAUCGCCAGCACAGACGUCCUGGCCACAGUACUGGAGGAGAUGCCUCCAUUCCCUGAACGGGAGUCAUCCAUCCUGGCUAAGCUCAAGAAGAAGAAGGGUCCUGGAGCUGGCAGCGAGCUAGAUGAUGGCAAGAAGGACCCCAACUCGGAGAUCAAUGGGGGAAUGGAACCAUCCGCCAGCACUGCUUGCAGGAGUAGAGAGAAAGCAUGCUCCCACAGCGCAGGGUCCAGUUCCUCUGUCCCCAAGUCAACGCCGUCCCCUUCCGCCGAUUUGCUAGGCCUUCGGGCCACCCCAGCCGCCUCCUCUGGUGUCCCUGCUAGUGCUGGCAACCUUCUGGUGGAUGUCUUCUCUGACAGUCCCUCUGCUACCACUGGCCUUGUGUCGGGCGCUGAAGAGAACUUCCUGAGUGACUUGGAGCCGCCUCCUGAGAGUCCUGCAUCCCUGUUGGUGGAGGCUGGACUGCCUGCAGACUCAGGGGCUGCCACUUCUGUCUCUGAGGACCCUGCUUUGCCUAUUCCUGAAGCCGAUGAACUGCUUCACAAGUUUGUGUGUAAGAAUAAUGGGGUGCUCUUUGAGAACCAGCUGCUGCAAAUCGGGGUGAAGUCAGAGUUCCGGCAGAAUUUGGGCCGGAUGUAUCUCUUCUAUGGGAACAAAACGUCAGUCCAGUUCCAGAGCUUCACCCCUAUGGUCAGCUAUCCAGGGGACCUGCAGAGCCAGCUCAACAUCCAAACAAAAGCGGUCGAGCCACUGGUAGAGGGAGGUGCUCAAGUUCAACAGGUUCUGAACAUUGAGUGCCUGAGCGACUUCACGGAGGCUCCUCUCAUCAACAUAAAAUUCCGGUAUGGUGGGACGCUGCAGAACCUCACCCUCAAAUUGCCCAUAACGGUCAACAAAUUUUUCCAGGCAACAGAGAUGCAAUCACAAGAUUUUUUCCAGCGUUGGAAACAGCUCAGCCUGCCACAGCAGGAAGCUCAGAAAAUCUUCAAGGCAAACCAUCCCAUGGAUUCAGAAGUUACUAAGGCCAAGCUAUUAGGUUUUGGCAGUGCACUCUUGGACAAGGUGGAUCCAAACCCUGAUAACUAUGUGGGAGCUGGGAUCAUUCAGACGAAGGCGCUGCAGGUGGGAUGCUUGCUGCGGCUGGAGCCCAACGCCCAGGCACAGAUGUACCGGCUGACCCUCCGUACCAGCAAGGAGUCUGUUUCGAAGCACCUUUGUGAGCUGCUCUCUCAGCAGUUCUGAGGCAUUGGCCACACUGGAGGAAGGAGGGCGGGGAAGGUUCUUCCUGCACAUGCGAGGAUGCCUCUGUCCGUCCCCUCCCACCUCCCUCCACACCAGGGGCCUCCAGAAAGACUGUACUGCUCCCUGCCUGUUGUCGUGAUAACCUCUGUGUUCUCAUUGCCUAGCCCGGGCCAGCACCAAGGGGGUAAGCAAGGGGGGGAGAGCAAAACUGUGGUCCCCGGGAGGGCUGAAGUAGAAUUUGGGGGAGGGGUGACUUGUCUCGAUGUAGGGUGUUCUUCCAGGAAUUAAUCUUCCCUUUGGCAGGAGGGUGGCCUCUGGAAGAAAGCCAGGUCCUUUUCCACCCCAUUAGCCUGUUCUGUUUUGAUUCAGGAUGAGGCCGAGAUCUGUGGUCUUAAUUCCCGCCCCAUCCCUUCUGUAUGAUUUUGGCUGGCAUUUCAGUUUUGUUUACAGUUACUUUCCCAUACUUUCCCACCCAUGGCCUUUGCCCUUCCUGUUGGGGAGACAGAGUAUUCAUGUCACUUACCCUGCCUCCCCCUGAGCUGGCUGGGGGGAGGAAUGAGGUGUGUGCGUGUGUGUAUGUGUAAAUGCUUGUAGGAAGUUGUUUCCAUUUCUUUGCCCAGUGUAUUUCCCUGGGGUGGGGUGGGGGGUUGAAUUCUCCCUUUUCCUUUGUCAAGGACCAUUCCAGUGUUAUAGUUGUGUUUGUGGGAAAGUAAAAUUACUCAAGAGCAGGCCUUUCUCCCCCUUCCUCCCCUCUAGAAGGAAAACUGCACAAAGAUGGAGAGGAUUGUGGGGGACAAAAAGCCUGUCUAAUCCUCUCUUGACUCCCUCUCCUCCAAGAAAAGGGUAUUUAAUCGGAUCCUCAAACAGCUCCGAGAUUUGGGGAGACUAAUUCUGGAAUGCUGCCUUCCAUGGAUUUGAAGAAGAGGUGGGGCAGGGUUCAGUUCAUGCUAGUUUGGGGGUGUCCCAGCUUCCCAUGCUGGCCCGGGCUCCAUGUUACUCUGCUGUGUAGGUGUUAUCUAGCGCAUCUUAGUUUAUCUGGGUUUUGAAUGCCUGUAUCUUAUCUCCAUGUGACUCUAAUAAAGCCGUGAGGGCAGGGGAAAGCCAGAAUCAAGCCAGGCUGGGUCACCCCCACACUGCUGACUGACUUGUUGUGUGCUGCUCUUUGUAUGUGGAUAAACGAGGUAGGGCGGGAGGACAGGGGUCCUUCACUUGAAGCAGAGACACAGCCAUCUCUGGACAACUGUGGAUUUUCAAGGCAGAUUCUAGUGUUUGUUGUACAGCCGCUUCAAGCCACGUAAGAAGCUGGUUCAGUUGGAGCCCCUACAUAGGACAGCUUGUUCUGGCACCUGUCAAGACGCAGGGAAUUAGAACACCAUAGAUUUCCAAAGAAGAUUGCAAUACAGUACUUUGAAGCUGAGUGCAUCAAUUUUGCUGUUGUUUGUGAGCACAGCAUUACUUUCUAGAUACUCCAGGUCUUUGAAUGAUGUGGAGAGGCAGUUCCAGUCCACAAGGUCUACUAGACCUCCCAGAAGACUUGGUAAUCUCUCCUUUUUUUGAAGAGUGUAAACCAAUGGGGAAAGGAUUGAUCAAAGCAAAAGAGACCACUUUUGCUUCUUGAGGGCUUGCAAGUUCUUAUGUGUGUUGAAUUCUGUAACAAGAAUGUCUCCCAGUUCUGUGGUGUGUAUUAUGCUAUUUAUCUAGAUAAAGGUAUUUGAUUUGCA